CAAUCUGUCACCACCCAACCAGAAUCCACUUCAUCUAGAUAGCCACUUAUCAAACAUCAACCAUUUACGUCCCCACUACAUCGCAUAUAUCUGCAUUGGCAGUGUAUCUCACUGCCAGGAUUGCACGCAUUCCCUUCCACCCCUUCCAUCCGGACAGAAUGCUGCAGCCAAGAUGGGUAACUCUCAGAGCUCGAACAAGAUCUCUGCGCAGGACCGAGCAAUCCUCGACAUGAAGAACCAGCGAGACAAGCUCCGGCAAUACCAGAAGCGCAUUACCGUCAUCACGAGCCGCGAAACGGAGAUUGCGCGUGAAUGCCUCGCCAAGGGCGACAAAGCCAAAGCUCUCCUGGCGCUACGGCGGAAGAAAUAUCAAGAGUCAUUGCUGUCCAAGACGGAUUCACAGCUGGAACAACUCGAGAAAUUGACCAGCAGCGUCGAGUUCGCUCUGGUGCAAAAGGACGUGGUGUUUGGGUUGCAGCAGGGCACUCAGGUGUUGAACCAGAUCCACAAGGAGAUGGGUGGUUUGGAAGGAGUGGAGAAGAUGAUGGCAGACAACGAGGAAGCCAGGCGCUAUCAACAGGAGAUCAGUGAGGCCUUGGCUGGACAAAUGUCCAACGAGGACGAAGAUGAGGUCGAGGAUGAGUUGGAAGCUAUGGAGAGGGAGCUCGAAGGUGCCACUGUUCUGCCGGACGUGCCUGAAGGUGCUGUCAUUGGCGAGGGGACCUUGCCUGACGCUCCCAAGACGGAACUCGAGUUGGAACAAGAGAAGGUUCAGAGACAGAAGGAAAGAGCCCGGCAGAGGAAAGUUGCAUUGGAGGCGUCUUGAAGAACUACUGGGAGCCUAUUGUGCGCCCACUCAUGAUUUAUGGUGUUGGUACAUUUGAAUGCAAUUUAGCGCCGACAUUGCGCGCCCCUGGAGGGGCUGCGAGGAUAGAGAUACAUGAUUCUUGGACGACCCAUUCUACUGUCCUGGCAUACUCUCGUUGGUGUUGGUCAAGCCUUGAAUGACUUUAUGGUCUUUGGGGUUGGCAGCUGCUUCAUAGAGGACAUGGACUGGUUCCCGGUUCAGAGCGAUAAAG